UGGGACAGAGCAUGACUGCUGAGCAAGGUGACAACCACAACAUCGACAGUGUCAUCUAUAAGUGGAACCCCAGCGCCCAGCGCUUUGAGCCCCACCAGAGCAUCGCCACAUCAGGUGCCUACGACUGGGAGUUCUUCACAGUGGGGCCCUACUCCUUCCUGGUGGUGGCCAACACCUUCAAUGGCACCUCCACAAGGGUGCACUCCCACCUGUACAUCUGGCUCGUUGGCUCCUUCCGGCUUUUCCAGUCCUUUCUGUUACUUUCUCUUCUGCUGCUGGGGCUGCAACCCAGGCCUGGCGUAUGGCAAGCGCUGCGCCCUGCCCUCCUGAGUGACUGAAGACACCCGGUGUUGCUGAGGUCACUUCCUUGUGCUGAUGU